ACUAGCAGGUCUCAGGCUUGGGGGCGGCGCACCCCGGGUGACCGGCACCAAUUGGGGAUCGGGAGCUCCGCCCCCAGAGUCCGAUGGCGGCGGCCGCGCGGAGGGAGCCGGCUCAGGCCAGUGUGACCUUUCACGAUGUUGCCGUGUACUUCUCCUGGGAGGAAUGGAGGCUCCUUGGUGAGGCUCAGAGACGCCUGUACCAGGAUGUGAUGCUGGAGAACUUUGCCCUCAUAUCCUCACUGGGUUGCUGCUGUGGAGCAGAAGAUGUGGAGGCUCCCUUUGAGCAGAGCGUUUCUGUAGGUAUCUCACAGGCCACAACUCCUGCAGCUUCAUCUUCUCAGAAGACCCACCCCUGUGAGACGUGUGGUACAGUCUUGAGAGACAUUUUCUACUUGGCUGAGCAGCAGGGAACACAACGCAGCCUGAAACUGUUGAGGUGUGGGGCUUGUGCAAAACGAUUUUAUUUCAGUGCAAACAUUCAUGAGCACCAGGAGCAGCACGUGGGAGAGAAAUGCUUCAGAAGCAGUGUGGACAGGACCUCAUUUGUGAAGAGCUGCAGAUUCCUUGUGUCCAGGAAGCCCUUUUCCUGGGAGGAGGUUGGGAAGGACUUCCUGACCAGCUUGGGACAUCAGCAGACACAGGCCACUCACAUCAGCAAGAAGCCAAAGGAAAUCACCCAGUGCACGGCCACAUUACCAGGCAGAAAGAGUCAUUACACCUGGGGAGAAUGCAAGAAAGCCUUCAGUCCCAAAGACACACUUGUUCAGGACCAAGGUGUCCACGCUGGAAGACAGUGUUUUGUAUGCCCUGAAUGUGGGAGAACAUUCAGGUACAAAUCCUCAUUUGUUGUGCACCAGAGAGUCCACACUGGAGAAAGGCUUCAUGUAUGUGGAGAAUGUGGCAAAUCUUUUAGGCAAAGCUCAACCCUAAAUCAACAUCAAAGAAUUCAUACUGGGGCAAGGCCAUGCAAAUGCAGCAAAUGUGGGAAAUCCUUAAGCCACCAAUCUGUCCUCUUUCAUACCCGGAGAAAUCGAAAUGGAGAGAACAAUUACGUGUGCAGUGAAUGUGAGAAAUCUUUUAGCCAUAGCUCAGUGUUCAUUCAACACAGGAAAGUGUGUUCUGGGGAAAUGUCUUAUAAGUGUAGUGACGGUGGGAAAUCUUUUAUCUCUAGGUCUGCUUUCAGUUAUCAUCAGAUUUCUCACACAGGAACUAGGCCUUAUGAGUCCACUAAAUCUAGGAAAUCCUAUAAGGAUAGAAGCCAAUUAAAUCAACAUCAGACAACUCACAGUGGAGAAAGGACUUACGGGUGUACAGAAUGUGGGAAAUUCUUUAAUCGAAGAAAUAACCUCAUUUUACACCAGAGAGGUCACACAGGAGAAAAGCCUUACAAGUGUAGUGACUGUGUGAAAUCUUUUACUUGUAGCUCUGCCCUCAGUUAUCAUCAGAGAUCUCACACAGGAGAAAGGCCUUAUGAAUGCAAGGAGUGUGGGAAAUCUUUUACUUCUAGGUCCAGCCUUCGUUAUCAUCAGAGUACUCACACAGGAGAAAGGCCUUAUAAGUGCGGUGAAUGUGGGAAAUCUUUUACCACUAGCUCUGGCCUCCGUUAUCAUCAGAGGAUUCAUGGUGGAGAAAGGCCUUAUGAGUGCAGCGAAUGUGGGAAAUGUUUUGUCUUUAGCUCCCAACUCCGUUAUCAUCAGAUAGUUCACACUGGAGAAAGGCCUUACGAGUGUAAUGAAUGUGGGAAAUCUUUUAGGAACAGGUGGAAGCUCAUUAUACACCAGAGAGUUCACACAGGAGAAAAGCCUUAUGUGUGCAGUGAAUGUGGAAAAUCUUUUACCUAUGGCUCCAUCCUCUGUUAUCAUCAAAGAGUACACACUGGAGAAAGGCCUUAUGUAUGCAGGGAAUGUGGGAAAUCUUAUACUGCUAGCUCUAGCCUCCGUUAUCAUCAGAGAUCUCAUACUGGAGAAAGGCCUCAUGAAUGCGGUGAAUGUGGGAAAUCCUUUAAGGUUAGAUCACAAUUCAUUAAACACCAGAGAGUUCACACUGGAGAAAGGCCUUAUGAGUGUAGUGAAUGUGGGAAAUCCUUUAGCCAAAAACCACACCUCUCAACACACCAGAGAGUUCAUAAUAGAGAAGGGCUUUAGGAAUGCAGCUAACAUGGAAAAUCUUUUCACUUCUAGUCCCAGUGUCCAUUGUCAUCAGAGUUCACACAGGAGAUAGGCCUCAUGAGUGCAGUGAUUGCGGCAAGUCCUUUAGCCAAAAAUGUUCCCUCCCACUGGAGAAUUCAUGAUACAGAAUGGCCUUAUGCACACAGUGAAUGUGGGAAACGUUUAUGGGGAAAUCUACUCUCACUCUACAUCAGAGAGUUCAAACUAGAGAAAGACAUAGAUGUACAGGGGUUGUGCAAUUCCCUGGUUUGGUGUAAAGACAUCAGAGGAGACCAAGGAGCCAUUUGUCUGAAUUGAAUCUCAUACAUCUGAACAUGCACAGUGGGGAGAUUCCCAUAAGUUGUGGGAAGCAUGUGUGGUAUGUUGCAUUUUCCAGUCUGUCUAGGGCUCUUGCCACAUUUAUGUCUGUGCCAGUUUCUGCAGCCAAAGCCAUUUCACCUUUACCACUUGGCAGGUCCACAGUGUGCAUCAGUCACCACCCCACUGUGCUCAGGGAAGCUGACCUCUGUUCUCUCAGGAAUUAGAGCAAAUUAGGAAUAAUGUGAGCCCAUACGGGGUCAGCUUUCCCUCCUCCUAGACUCAGUUGGGCAUGGAUCUGUGUCAUUGUUGACUCAAGGAACAUCAUGUGAGUUCAGCUGGCAGCUUUUUCAAAACAACUGUGUUUUCCUGGGCAUGUUGGUGUCAUGUGAUAACUUGUGAUGAGUUUUUCCAGCUUCCUAGUCAUGAACUGGAGACCUGCCUGCCACACGUUGCUUUGUUUUGUACACUAAUGAAGGCCUUCCUGUUUAAGUCUUCUUUAAUCUUGGGUGUCUCUCACUGUGUGGGGUAGUUUUUAAACAGAUUCGGGCUCUACAAGCCUGAAGGGAAAACAG